CCUGUAAGGUUUUAAUAUGAGGAGAUUAUGGUGAUGCUCUUAAGCUCACUGAGGUCGUUUAUAAAUUAUGUCAUCACAUGAGUGGCCUGGGUGUUCUCAAGCUGUAUGUACCACAUCCCCUUGAAAGUUCAACAUGGCCUCCUGUAAUCCUCUCUAUCCUUAGUCUGUGCUGUUACGUGGGUGACCUCAUGUGGCCAGUUGAGGUAAACUGAAAAGAGUCAGCAUACAUUCCAUUGUUAUAAUUGCAGACAAUUGCAAGCAACACAAGAACCAAAAACACCUGAGCACUUGAUACAUGUAUAACUAGGCUUGUGUUUUGAUUUGAUUAAUUCAGUAACCUCUCUUUAGUGAAAUAUAUAUUUUAAUUGUAACAUGUCCUUUUGUUUAUUUUGAAUGAGCAUGUUGGUCUGCUGUUGAUCAUUCAAUGUUAAGGCUUGCCUCUUGUUAAAUGCCAACACCUCCAUGCAUCUUUUUUUGCUGGACUUUUGCAAAGGGCCAGUCUGUGCUCAACUGUAGAACAAACUUCCCUCCACUUUACAGCCCUCCCUCCAGUUUGUCCAUGGGAGACCACAUUUAAAAUGUAACCCCACCUGAAAACUUGCACAGACCAAUCAGAUAGAGAAAUGUCAGAGCACUCGGCACACCCUCCUUUGUUCAAAACCAAUCAGAGUGCAAGUGUGGCAUUUUGCCCGAGGGGGAAAGUUACCCCUGGAUGAGUUAAUUACGCAUCACUUAGCUGUUGCCAAUGUGUUCACAACGGUGGACCCUCUUUUGGGCUUUUUGCAGCGAUUGUCUUCAUUUUUCGCUCAAUCUAGUAUGGAAAGUAGACAACAAUGGCUUACCAGGCUGAAAAAUGAACUUAGCAACAGUCCUCUGGUAUCAAAUGUGGCUUUUGGCUUUAUCCUCAUGGGACUAGAGAAGCUGGUGGAGCUGGAGUUUGAGUGUCCUUGCAACCCUACAUGGAACGGAGUGUUUUCAUCAGCAUUCUUCAUAAUUCCUGCCGUCAUGGCCUUCACCUUGAUGCUGAUCAUUCAAGGAUGCAGAUGUGAUUUGUGGUGCCGGAAACCUAUUACCCUCUCCAGUUUUGUUCCUGCUAUUGUGUGGCUGAUUUUGUUGUUCCUCGAUGGCCAAUACUUUGCUUGUGCUAUGACAGACUGGGAGGGUAGAUUUGUACUAGUUGACAAGGCAGCACCGCAGAAGUGGUGUGAGCCAAUUAGUGAGGGAGAUGUCACCCCACAAGAACUAAUGCUCCGCUCACAACAGCUCUUUGUUUUUUCUCAGGUUAUAGGCAUAAUCCUGCUCAUUUUCAUCUGUGUGGGUCUCGUAGUGUAUGUAAUCAGAGAAAGCUGCGAACAAGAGGUGGAGAUGGAGGAUGCAGAUGUAGCCGAGCUCACUGUGCUCAGGAUGAGCUCUCUACGGACCAGGACAUCAUGAGAGGACUUACACCGCCCACCACACCUGCCCUGCUUGCAUGGACACUUUGUAAAUACCCUGAACAGACUUUACUAUGAUUUUUCAUAACUAUUGUCAAUAAGUGUUGUUUCAAAGUAUUUCACUAAACUAAUUGGACAUAGGUCUGUGAAUGGUCAGUGAUGCUGCCCUAUGAAGUUUCCGUAAAUAUGAGUAUUAUUGAAAACAGUCUUUCUAUUUUUUUUUCUGUAUUACCAUGUAAUAUGUAACCAGUCUUGUGCCUGUGUUCAUCUCAUACUUGUGCAGCUACUAACCUGUUUUUACCUGUCUUCAGAGGAAUAGUUUGAUGUUUUUGGAAAUAGGCGUGUUCGUUUUUUGGGUUAGAGGAGAAGAUCAAUACCAUUCUCAUGUCUGUUCAGUAAAUAUGAAGCUACAGACAGCAGCUGGUUAGCCUAGUUUAGCACGGAAGGACUGGGAAUAGGGGAAACAGCCAGCCUGGCUCAAUCCAAAGGUAACAAUGCUUGUCAGCACCUCUAAAGGUCACUAAUUCAUUUGUUAUAUCUCGUAAGUUUGAACAAUCAUUUGCUUUUUUACAAGGGGUUAUGUGCUGGACUAUUUCUUGCAUGGGAGCAGUUGCCAGGCAACCAGAGGAGGAAAUUACUGCAAGAAAUAGUCCGGCAUAUAACCCUCUAUGAAACAGUCAUCUUGUUCCCCCUAUUUUCAUGCGUUAUGCCAGCUGACUGGCUGCUGACUCCAGAAUCAUAUUUACCGGACAGACAUAGGAGAGGUAUUGAUCUUCCCUUGUAACUCUCAGCAAGACAGCAAAUAAGCCUAAAAUGUCAAACUAUUCAUUUAAAGUGAUAUUUCUCAUUGGCACAUUUUAUGUGUUUAGUUGACAUGAAUUGUCGGCAUGCAGCUCUGAGAAACUCAGUUUUUUACUGCUCUCUCACUUUCAACUUUUCAAUCCUUGAAAACAGCUUUUCAGUUUUUUUUUAACCUGGAAGUUUUUUCGUGCCUUUUGUAUUAGUUUCAUUCACACAAGUGGAAUCCACCAGGCAGCUAAUAUUGAUCUGACUAAUAUUAGUUGACUUGUACUAUUGUUUGAGGUGUGUGUGCCAAAAAUGAAAAUGUUCCAUCAAGGUGAAAUCUUACUUUAAAUAGUUUUGUUUUCCCUCCUUGGUUGUGUCAAGGAGUCUCCAGAGUUAUGGAGGGUCGGACCGCCGUCAUAUCUAAUCCUACCUUUCAUUGGCGAUUCAGACUGAAUUGAUAUUCCUAAUGAUUUACCAGUUUGACAGCUACAGAUGUAAAAAUAUUUUGACCAGCCAACAGCAGCAUGUAGAAACAAAUUCUGUAACAGGAUCUGCAGUAAGUUUUUUAUUAUUAUUUUGUAAUAAAAGAAUUUAUUUAUUUAAGAAAAACCCUCAGGGAUUUUGUACAGUCAUGUCUUAAAAGCAUUUAGUUAGCAGAUAGUUUUUCACUAACUUGCAGUCUUGAGAAUUUGAGUUUGUCUUAACGUGUGGUAGGUUUUGCUGUAACAUCUUUCUAGCAAGUGAACUUUACCAAUACACAAUAGGACAGAACAUAAUCAUAAUCAACGCAUGGUAACAUUUGGAAUAUCCUUUCAACUUUGGGCUUAUAUUAAAUGCCAGAUAUCCAAUACCUUAACACAGCUGAAACAGGGGCCCUUUGCAAAAAAGAACAGCUGAAAAAUCAGUGUAACAUGUGCUACAAAUAGCAUAUCUACAGGCCAAUGCAAAGAUUCUCAGGUGAACACUCAUUAUUCAGAAGGGACUGUGGUUUUGAGGCUGCAUUGGCUGAUCUUUUCACCCUGCAUAUUCUGUACAGGUUUGCCAAAACCAACACAUACAACAUUAGUGUUGCUCUGACUUGUAUUGUAGUUAUUUACAACAUUACCCAAGUGCCAGGUAAGCCCAUUAGGUGUGGAAAUCAGGACAGACCCUUAAUGUUCAUCCUGUGGGAGGGCUUAUUCAGGACUUCCUGUUUGGCCCUUAGGAAGUUGUUGUCUUUAUCCACUCCACUCCCCUAACUUGUAGGCACAGCAGGACAUCAUAUUAAUGGCCAAAACUGGGACUCAAUGGAGUCUUGAAUUACUUUUCUGUCUUUCAUGAGAAAUAAACUGUUUGGAUGACCUUGACGGUAAAUUCUUCUUGCUCAGAUUAUCCGGCCCAUCACUCUUAUGUCUCCCAGAGGUAAUUUGGAAAAUGCUGCAGCUAGCUCAAUUUUGUGUACCAUGAAUUUCACCUACAAAAGUCUUCAGAGACAUAUCCAUAUUCAAUAAUUAAGGGACAGCUACAGGGGUAAUGGGAGAGGGAGACUGAAGCACAACUGCAACUUUCCAAAGCCACAGAUCCUAUAUGACGUAAGAGGCUUCAAGUCCAAAGUAUUCUUUACACAUUACAUGCAACUGUUGUUUGACAAAGAACUCACCCUCAGCUUUUAAAUAAAAGAGCAUUUUUAAAAGCUGACCUGAGCCAGGUGUUCCUUAGUUACGUAAAGGCAAAGAUGGCUUCCUUUUUUUUGAUGUUAAAUCCAAAUCAUAAUGCUUACUAACAGUCAAACAGGCAGGAGAAAUAUCAAAAGUAAAAUUGUGCAUAUGGUGUGCAUGCCACUCUAAAACAUUGCUAGAAGAAACCAGAAAUACUGUAUUAGUUAUAGCACUCAAAAUCACUUGACGUCUUUAUUUUUUAAAAAGGUUACAUCAGUGUUGGCGCAUAUUAUCUAUUUAUCAUAUUGAUUUCUAAAAUGAAAUCUCUAAGCCGGGUGAUCAAACUAAAAUGAGAGAGGCUAUUUGUCAACACUGGAAUUAAUGGAAUUGCAUUUGUUGUAUUAAAAACUGAGACUGAGCUAUUAAAAAAUUGUCCAGAUUACAUAAUCCUACUGUAAAAACACAUUAAGGCUUGUAUAUAGAAAGAAAGAAAGGCC